AUGGCUGCGCGUGUCAACAGACCCACCGACAUCAAGCAGAAGGAGGAUGACAUCAACCGCAAGCUUCAGAUAUACGGCAUCUUUCAUGCGUUCAAGAAUGGGAAACUCCCAUCGAAUGAUCAAAUCGACGUGGCAUUGAACAGCUUCCUGCAAUCUAGACCAAUCGCUCACCCCUCUGAUAAACUAUCUGAUGAGGGAAAACUACUGGCUGAGGAUGCCAGAGAAGUUGUGAAGCUCGCGAAACAGCUCCUGCUGUCCAAAAACCACGGCAACCUCAUUCAGGACUUCAUCUGGCAGACUACGCAUUACGACACUCAGAGCAUCCAGUCUCCGGAUGCUCCCUUGACCAAAGAUACCGCAUCACGAGACAAAGAUGACGCUCUCGAAGGACUGAGGACUCUGGGCACCUUGCUCAUCACCAAUGGGCAGUUCCGGAAACUUCUCAAGGAUGCUAGUAUUCUGGUCCGUGAUAUGGUUGGAGAUGGCGCUACUAACGCUGCCAAUUGGGUUCGCCCUUCGGAUGAACAACUCCGCCAAAUGGACCAGGCCGCACCAGACAAUACAUGGCACGAGAAGCCUGAUCUUUCCAAGGAGAAUCUUAGAAAUCAAGCUCGAGCCAUCUACAAGGGCGAUGUCAAACAGGAUGCCAAAGACGUUGCCGCAGCUGCUGCUGUUGUUACAAGCACCUCUCGUACCAAUGCAACCUCUGGUAUCGACGCGGCUCAGGCAGUCGUGAACCAGAAGAUGGAUCGGAAUUUGGACGACGAGACGCAAGAGAAGGCUAAGAAGCGGAAUGAAGAGUACCGCCGCAAGGCCAGAGAGUACCUGAAAAAGAAGAUGCCCCAAGAGCGCAGGGAUCAGGUCAUCUUCCGUCUCAAAAAGAUUGUCCUUGAAUGCCAGCAACACCCUGACUACUCCCAAGCUGUGCAGACCCUUCUUCGGCUGGCUGAGGAAUACGGCCGACAUGGGCGCAACUAUGGAAAAGGUUCUGCUGACUCUGCCAAGGAUGUCCGAACUGGGCUUUCCGCAGCCGAGGAAGAUUUGCGCACUCUGAUUGAGCGCUUCGCCAACGGUACCUCGACCGAGGAUCUUUGGCAGUCCAUCGGCCAGAUCUACAGGGAUGCCGAUAAAGACCAGGAACUCAGAGACUGGUUCAAGCAAGUUGACACCUACAUCCGCAAAUGCCUGUUGGAGCAGGGCUAUGUCCUCGAAGACGCUUCCACGGAGGAGUGGAACCGGCUCUAUGACAAGGGCCGAUUUUUGCUGCGUGAGAAAUAUCGUGGCCAUACCGACCGCGUUAUCGACGAGGUCAGGUUCAUUACGGAUCAAUUUGACCACGAUCCCCAAAACAAGGCGUUUGGCCAUGCAGUCCAGAAGCUAUUCAAGGACCUGGGAAAUGAUGAAAAUGGAAAGCCGACAUUCAAGCCUCACCUCGUCAAAGAUCUAACCGAAAUCAUUAUCCCUGCCAUUUUUGAGAAUAUUGCAUAUGUACCGAUUCCACGUAUCGAAUACUCGGAUCCUAAAUUCGAUGCAGUCAUUGAGAAUUUGGUCCUCGAGAGCGAUAAUUUCAUGCCAAACGUUCUUGAAAUCGCCAGCGACAAUUAUUUCCGAUGGGGGCGCAAGAAGAUUGCCAACAAGCAUAAGAAUACUGUGGACAUAAAAGUUACUGGUAUUCAGAUGGAUCUCCGAGACGUCAGCUAUCAUAUCAAGAAGAAAUCUGGGUUCCCCUCCCUCACCGACACCGGAGUGCUCGAUCUAUUGCUCCCCGGUGACGGCUUCUCCUUCAGAUUGAAGGUGUCUACUCCAGAAAAGAAGGACGCUCAACACGUCUUCAAGGUGGAAAAGGUGGACGUCAACGUUAAGGGCCUGAAGCUGAAGAUUAAGAAGUCGAGGCACAAGUUCUUAUUCACACUCUUCAAGCCCAUUGCUCUCAGGGCCGUCCGUCCGGCGCUACAGAAAGCCAUUGAGAAAGCCAUCAAGGACGAGUGCGACAAGGCCGACCAGUUUCUGUUCCAGGUCAAGGAGGAGGCGGAUCGCGCUCUUGAAGAAGCCAAGAAUGACCCUGAGAACGCACCCAACAUUUAUAGUCGCUACUACAAUGCUAUGCAUAAGAGAAUCCUUCAGGGCAAGGAGAAGGCAAAGGCCUUUACGCAGGACAAGAAGGUCAACGUCGCCAUGACCAAACAGGAGAGCAUCUUCCCCAACGUUACCCUGCCCGGAGGCAUUAGCUCCAAGGCCACGGAAUACAAGGACCUUGCUGGCAAGGGCGACAGGUGGGAGAGCCCCGUCUUUUCCAUUGGUGACGCCCAACGGAGUACGGAUAUCCCUCCUGUGCCUCGUAUCGAGAGAAAGGCCCAUGCCGUAGCUGGCGGGCGCGCAAACGGAAACAUUGAUGGCUCAGGCAAUGCAGGAGGUGGUUUCACGGCCGGAGAAGGCACAAGCGGCAACUCCCUUGGUGGACAAGUUCUCACUGCUUACUAG